CUCUCCACUCAAUUCGACGUACAUUUGUAAAACAAAUCUCUCGUGACACCGUCACCGCAAAUAAUAAGUGUUUUUAUUCGUGAAUUAAUACUAGUCAUAAAUAUGUCUGAGGCUUUCUUUGAUGAAUACGAUUAUUACAACUUCGACCACGAUAAGCACAUUUUCUCCGGACACAGCGGCAAGCAGCGCACAAAGAAGGAAGUAAGCGAGCACACUAACCACUUCGAUCCUUCUGGACAUUCGAGAAAGAUCGUUACGAAGUUGAUCAAUACGGAGAACAAUAAAAAAGCAAAUAAACAUUAAAUGAUUGACUAAAAAACUGACGACUAUGGCUUGUAAAUGGAACGUCGAUUUAAUGCCGAGCGAACGGAGGACAUUAUGGCGGAUACCCGAAGAAAGCACGGGUCGCUCGUCGUUGAGAUCAGUGGAACAGCCGCGAUGGUUUCUGCUGACGCAGAGCUUUUAUUAUGCACACUAUAGUGGAAGAUUACGCUGGCGGAGCCGGCGUGCCUCAUAGCCGCACCGGUCAACGCCGGGGUGAAUCUAUUUUGAACAACACCGUUCCAAUGACUGAUCUCAUCUCUCUUGGGCUUGUUGUAAAGCCCAAAAUCUCUGUGUUAUUAAUUUCUAGAUAGAUUACGUUAUUGUAUCAUUUCGUGGUACGCAUGUGACUGUAAUAAAUUAAGGUAAAUAAAAUAAUUUUAUGAA